GGGCUUUGUUUGGCAUUAUAUCCUCUCAAAUUUUCUUUCACCCAAACCCCCAAACACGCUUUCUCUCUCUUCUAGGGUUUUCAAUUGAGGUUUAAUCGCAAUUUCGCAAGGUUUCUGUUGGAGGAUAAAGGUGCAAACUUUUGGGGGAAAUGAGGCCUGUUUUUGUGGGGAACUUCGAGUUCGAGACUCGACAGUCAGAGCUGGAGCGUUUGUUUUCAAAGUACGGGAGGAUCGAGCGGGUUGACAUGAAAUCUGGGUUUGCUUUUGUUUAUUUUGAGGAUGAACGUGAUGCCGAAGACGCUAUUCGUGGACUUGAUAAUAUUCCUUUUGGGUAUGAUCGGCGGCGACUGUCCGUGGAGUGGGCUAAAGGUGAACGCGGUCGGCAUCGUGAUGGUUCUAGAUCAGUAACAAAUCAAAGGCCCACCAAAACCUUGUUUGUUAUCAACUUUGAUCCUAUUCGUACAAGGGAACGAGAUAUACUAAGGCACUUUGAGCCAUAUGGGAAGGUUCUUCAUGUUCGCAUUAGGCGGAACUUUGCAUUUGUACAGUUUGCAACACAAGAGGAUGCUAGCAAAGCCCUCGAGGCUACACAAAGGAGCAAGUUACUGGACAGAGUUGUGUCUGUUGAAUAUGCUUUAAGGGAUGAUGAUGAGAGGGAUGGCAGAUAUGAUAGUCCUAGAAGAGUUGGUGAUGGUAGACGUGGUGCUAGUCCAUAUAAGAGGUCGCCAAGUCCUGCAUAUCGCAGGCGACCAAGUCCUGAUUAUGGCAGGGCUCGGAGUCCUGUUUAUGAUCGCUAUAAUGGUCCUGCUUAUGACAGGCACAAGAGUCCUGAGUAUGGGAGGCAAAGGAGUCCUGAGCAUGGCAGAUAUCGCAGCCGAUCACCUGCUCGAAGGUCCCAUACAUGAAUGGCUGUCAGAUUCAUAGGGAAAAACUUGUUCAACGCCUGGGUCCUCACGUAUUUUGUCUUUCUCUGCCUGGUUGAGUUUGUGUUUCGUAGCUUUUUUCUCCUCUUUCCCAUUGUACUCUUUUGUUGGGAGAUUCUUACGUCAAACUACAAUUAAUACUCAGGUUGUGAUUUUCAGUUCAGUCUCAGUUGGAAUUUAUGGGCGGAUUAUUUUGGUUAGCUGUCAAGAACCUUUUAUUCGUGUUAAUAUAUGUA